AAUAAAAUCAGCAGCAAUAAGGAUGAAUUUACAUUUCGUUUACUUAGUUUUUGUCAUUUUGGCUGGAGUUCUUGGUGUUUGUUCGCAAAAAUAUCAACAUAUUGCGAGAUGUCACUAUGAUGAAUCAGCAGAAGGUCAUUAUUCUUUAAAGUUUAUUUGUAUCGAAAAUUAUAUGGAAACCAACUAUUUCUCAAGUCAAUGGUCUACGUGCUUCAACCAAAAUGGAUUUCAUAAGUGGCAUAUCGGUUUAAUAAAUUUUGAAAACUGUGAUCUUGCGCAAAUUCAGAACAAUUUUUUCGGAGUGUACUAUAAUGUGUAUUAUUUGAAUUUAACAAACCUUGGCAUAGAAACAUUGCAACCAGAAAGUUUUGUAGGAGCCAAGCAGUUGGAAACUCUGCAUGCAGCAGGAAACAAACUCACUGAAGUGCCGGCGAACUUAUUUGGUGAAUGCACAAAACUAAAAUAUUUGGACUGUUCAAAAAAUAAAAUCAAUUAUUUUGAUCCAAACGCCUUCUCUGCUGGAAACCAUCUGGAAACUUUGUUAUUGUUAUACAACAACAUUACUGAAUUGCCGGUCAAUACAUUCCAAAUACUGAUUGACUUGAAAACGUUGGACUUAUCAUUUAAUAAUAUUGUUGAAAUUCCGUCGUUUUUGUUCCACAAUAUGGAAAAACUAAACAAUGUCAAUUUAUCGAAUAACAAAAUAAUUACGAUUGAUCACUUUGCAUUUUCUAGUGCAUUGGGCUUACAAAAAGUGAUUUUAGCGCACAAUAAACUUACGUGUUUGAAUCGGCAGAUAUUUGAUACACAUUUAAAUGUGACGCAUUUAGAUAUUUCAUUUAAUCAGAUCACAAUCUCAAAAAUGAAUGCUUUGGAAAAGACUUUGACCAUCUUAGAAAAUUUAGUGCAUUUCAACGCAUCAGGCAAUCCAAUUAAGAAUGUGGACAAAGAAACAUUUGCGAAUAAUUUAAAACUUGAGACUUUGUCAUUGUCCAACUGCAGCUUAACACAAAUUAAACCGGGCACAUUUUCAUCUUUAUCAAAAUUGACCAGACUGGAUUUAUCCUAUAAUCAAUUAAAAACAUUGGAUUUGAAUACGCUUCCGUCAGAUCUUCGAAACCUGAAAAUCGCCGGCAUCGACAGCAACAAAUUCAACUGCUCAUACCUUGAAAAGCUUUUUGAAUCAAUUACACCGCAACAUUUGGUCGCAAUUUCAAAUCGAAUUAGUCGCAACUGCACUUCGGCUAAUAAUGAAGAAAUGAUUCGAAAUGAUUCAAGUGAAACCACAACUGCACGUUCAGAAAAUAACGUUAGUUUUGAUAUCGACACAGAGAAGGCGGAAAGCGAUGAAAAAACGCAAACAACGGAAACAGUGGAGACUGUUGAGCACAAAACGGAGAAGAAACAUCUGAUUUCAAUGGACGCUGAACAAAACUAUCAGAUCAACGACAAGAUGCACAAUAGCAUAAUUUUAAUGGAAAAGUAUUUGUUUGCGAUAACUUGUUUGCUGGCAAUUGGUUUUAGUUUAAUUGUGUUGAUUUCUGCUUGGAAGAUCUUUCAUUCGCGAUUUUUCAAAACACUUGAUGCCACUCAAGUAAUCUACAGAAGAGAUGCAUUAGAUACUUCCAUCUCAGUAUCUAAUACAGUGGAGAACAACAACUACGAUAUCAUUAAAUUCGACAAGUAG